AUGGGAGAAGGCAGCCCUGACUUGUUCAUUCCAAUAGUCCUAGCAGAGGUGGACCCCUUCUUCCCAGAGAUGAUCCUGGGGAUGUGGCUUCCGGGUGCUAUCAGAGGCCUUUUCUCCUAUCAGCCUCAGGCAGUUGUGUGCCUGCCUGCCCCACCCAGUCUGGGACUCCUUGACCGGAAGACCACUCCUCAGAUCACACCAGCCACACCUCAAGUUCUCCAUAGCCCCACCUGGCUGGUGGCUGCCAUCCCGGGCAGUGCAGUUCCAAGCUCUACGAGCCUGACCUUGAGCCUGGAAAAUAAUAUGUUCCCUGUCUUGAAAGUUGCUGUGAAGAUCAAGUGUGAUGAUUUAAGUGAAAGCGCUGUGAAUCUUAAGGCUACAAAUACACUGGCCUCUGUGUUUGAUCUGGAUUUCCCACCAAGUGAUAAAGAAGUUCUGGUUGUUACUACAGGAGUCAAGAUAUGCCACGAGCAGUACGAUAUCCCCCACUGUGCUAGUGGCCGUACCGGUUCCUUCAAAUGGUUUGGCCCUUGUGAGGGUGUGCGGAUGGGGGGCGGCGAGCAAGUGGUGGUGGCUGCGGUGUCCACAGUACUGCCCAGCGAAUGCUGCGGCGGAGAUGGGGAGUCAGGUCUGCGCACAGUCCGGAUUGGGAUUAUUAUGGAUAAAGAUGCCAUGGACAUUCUCAUCCACGUCUGUUGGUGGAUACACAUCGUCUCCAUAACCCGCUUUCCUUCGUUCGCCCUCUUUUUGCUCACUGACCCCCCGGUCUGGCACCCCCGCCAUGUUUUCUGGCUUUGGCAGUUUGGCCACUGCGCCCAAGCUCAUUUCUUCUGUGGCAAAGACUCCUGCAAAGGGGAGCCUCUCCCGUGCUGCUCCUGCUUCCCUGCCCUCUGCUCCCGCUUAGCUGCUGUCAUCUUGCCACUCAUGGCUCACUGGUCCAGUGUGGUUGUUUCUGGGGCUCCGUCCUCAGCUCUCGUCUCUCCUGAAGGGCCCUGCUGGAUCAUUAGCGACCACAGAUACGGAUGCAGCAUCCUUCCUCUUCAAUCCCUAGACCCCAACAUGAAAGGGUUUCCCAAACUCAUUCGGUGGAUUUUUGUCAAUUGCAGGUUGGUGCUGGGGAAGAUUCGCUGCUUUGGCUUUGACAUGGACUACACCCUGGCUGCCUACAAGUCCCCAGCCUAUGAGGCACUGGUCUUUGAGUUACUACUGGAGCGUCUGGUGUGCAUUGGGUAGCUGCGUCAUAUCCUGCACUACACCUAUGACCCCGCCUUCCCCACUCGGGGGCUGGUGUUUGAUGUGCUCUAUGGGAACCUGCUGAAGGUGGACACCCAUGGGAACGUGUGGCUGGGCACCCAUGGCUUCACCUUCCUCUCGGAGGCAGAGAUCUGGAGCUUCUACCCCAGCAAGUUCGUUCAGAGGGACAACCUGCAGAGGUUCCACAUCCUCAACACGCCCUCCAACCUGCCUGAAAUCUACCUGUGUGCCUGCCUGGUGGACUUCUUCUCUGGCUGCUCCCGCUACACCAACUGUGACACUGGCUAUCAGCAUGGGAACCUCUUCAUGUCCUUCCGAAGCCUCUUCCAGGACGUGAGUGAUGCCAUGGAUAAUGUCCACCAGUCGGGCUGUCUGAAGGAGAAGACCCUGGAAGACUUGGACAAAUACGUGGAGAAGGAUGUGCGAAUCCCCAUCCUGCUAGGUAAGAUGAAGGAAGUUGGGAAAGUAUUUCUGGCUACAAACAGCAGCUACAACUACACGGAUGCCAUCAUGACCUACCUGUUUGGCAUUAGUGAGGCUGAAGGCUCAGCCAGGCCCUGGAGGUCCUACUUCGACCUGAUUGUGGUGGACACACAGAAGCCCUGCUUCUUUGCUGAGGGGACAGUGCUGAGACAGGUCAACAGGGAUUCAGGCAAGCUCCGCGUGGGCACCUACAUGGGGCCCCACCAGCACUGUGUGGUUUACUCUGGAGGCUCUUCGGACACAGUGUGUGAGCUGCUCGGGGUACGGGGGAAGGAUAUCCUGUACAUUGGGGAUCACAUCUUUGGAGACAGCCUCAAGUCCAAGAAGUGGCAGGACUGGCGAACUUGCCUGGUGGUUCCUGAGCUGUUCCGGGAGCUUGGCAUCUGGGACCAAGAGAAGGAGUGGACGGAGUUGCUGAAGAGGCUGAACGUGCACUUGGCAGACCUGUACCAGCACAUGGAAGGGAGCAGUUAUGGGCUGCAAGUUAUCAACUCCACCAAGAGGGAGAUUCAGAUGCCCCAUGAGUCUGCUGUGGAGCAGGAACGGGUUAACCAGCAUCCCCUCUCCUGCCCUGUCUUCUACAGCCUGAGGGCUGAGGGCAAGGAGAGAGUUGAGGACCAAGAGGGCUUCAUGGAGGCCGAAUGA